UGUUGUAAAGGGUUGUCAAUGUGGUUGGGGGCAGCAAAAGAUCUGACAUCUUAACUUGUGACUCCGAAGUCGCAAUAGAGAGAGAGAGAGAGAUCUUUCUCCAGAACCCCCCCACCAACCCUCGCAGGCCUUUCCUCCCAACUCCCACUCCCACAUUCGACAACAGCACACGGCAGAAAACCACCUUAACCCCCCUCAAACAACUAGAAUCACGCAAUCUUUUUUCAAUUUCAACGCACAAUGACAGCAUUGGAUGCUGUCCCAGCCCGGGAACAACCCCAGCACCACCUCACCCUCCUAUCAGAUUUAACCCCGCCCUCUCUUGAACGCACAUGGCUCACAGCACCCCAUCCUACUCUCCCCCUUGUUGCAACCUGCAGCUCGGAUAAAACGGUCCGCGUCUACUCCCUGAUCAAUUUCCGGCUGCUAUCUACCAUCUCUGGGGGCCAUAAGCGGAGCGUACGGACAUGCGCCUGGAAACCCAAUAUCCAGGGCGAAAGCGUGCUGGCGACGGGCAGUUUCGACGCAACCGUUGGCAUCUGGCGACGAUGGGAUAACUACGGACAAUUUAACGACAGCACACUCAACGACGACAACGAGGGCCGUCAGCCACGACACGGAUCCCAACCUGGGGAGGAAAAAGAAGAACAAGGCGACGACAACGAUAACAACGAUGACGAUGACGAAGAAUGGCGUUUCGCUGUGCUUCUGGACGGCCACGAUAGUGAAGUCAAGUCCGUUUCCUGGUCUGCGUCGGGCUUGCUUCUUGCCACUUGCUCGCGGGACAAGUCGAUCUGGAUCUGGGAGGAUCUGGAUGACGGGGACAACAACUUCGAGACCGUUGCGGUGAUGCAGGAGCACGAGGGCGAUGUCAAGGUUGUUUGCUGGCAUCCGGCCGAGGAGUGUUUGGCGAGCGCGAGCUACGAUGAUACCAUCCGGUUGUGGAGAGAGGAUAUCGAUGAUUGGGGGCAGGUUGCGUGUAUCCGGGGUCAUGGGGGUACAGUUUGGGGGCUUGACUGGGAAGCGGUGGAGAAUAUCCCCUCCUCCUCCUCCUCCUCCUCCUCCUCCUCCUCUUUUCCUCUUUCUAGCUCUGCCAAUUCCGUUGGUGACGACCGGAGUGGUAGUGAUCUAGUCGUAUCUCAAUGGAAGACAUGGCACGCUCUCUCCGGUCCACGUCUAGCAUCCUGCUCGCAUGACAAAACGGUGCGGAUCUGGCGCCGACAGCCAAAAGAAAGACCUACCGGUAGUGGGAUUCCCGCCGCCAGCGCAAUCCCUAGUAUCAUUCGACCCACGGGGACGGACGAAAUCUGGGAAGAGGAUACGAUUCUGCCACGGGUGCACGAGUUAUCCGUUUACGCUGUCGCCUGGAGCAAAAAGACAGGGCUACUUGCUUCCGUGGGCGCGGAUGGGAGAAUUGUUGUAUACGAGGAGCGAUUUGUUCCUUUGUCGUCGGGGGAGCCGCAGCCGAUGGAGACGGAUGAUGCUCUCGGUGCUGCUGGUGCUGAUUCUUCCACUUCUGCGAGUGAAUCCACCCACCCACCUACAGACUGGAAGGUCAUUGCUAUUAUGGACGGUGCACAUGGAAUCUACGAGAUCAACCAUGUCGCGUGGGCGAAUCGCGCUGAUCGUGGCAGGGAGGAAGGCAAAGAGGAGGAAGUGCUAGUGACGACUGCGGAUGAUGGAAGUAUCAAGGUUUGGACAGUUUCGCAGUAAUCUAUCUACCUGAAUUAUCAGAUCAGCAGUAGACUGGUCAAUUCCUGGUUCAAGAACGCAAGCCAUCUCUACUGAGUGAUAUUUGAUAAAUAGGGAUCGAUCGUUGAGCAGCCCGUCAUGCAGAGAUGGCAUACAGUCGGUGAUCACCUGACGCCCGGUCCCACCUGACGCCCGAUUUCACCACUACCAGCAAUAUUGAAUAUGAAGCAAUUCAACUAUAUAUAAUUAUUAUUAUCGCGUGAUCUUUUAGUAGAUAAAUAUAGUUAUUAUUAGGACUCUAUAUAUAGUUUUUAAUUGGUCUGAAA